GGAAGGAUGGACUGUAACAUUGAAUCAAUUACAGGUUGCUGUUGCAGAGGCGCAUUUGUGUGAGUGGCCGUGGAGCAGGACGGAGGAGCGCAGCACAAGGGAGAGGGUUUACUGCUUUAACCGAGGACCCUUGGGCUGAUUAGAGUUUUUUAAAGAGCUUUACCAUUCAUUUUGGCUGUUUUUUAAUCAAAGGGAGCAACCAAAAGGGAUUAAAAAGCUGAGCACAAUCCACAAUCCUUGGACCAUGGGGUUCCUGGAGACACAUCUCGUUUUUGGGAUCAUCUUACUUGGGGUAUUGUCAGAUGUUUCAAAACCUUGGCCUGCUAUUAAAUCAAAUAAAAAUGAAUUUAUCCUGACACCUCAUUCUGAGUUCACCAUCACUUGCUCCGGAGAGAGGAGAGUAAUAUGGCUCGACCCGUUACCGUCCAACAGUGAAGUGCAGUCUGGAAUUAAUCACAGUACUUUGGUGAUCACUGACACUGUGGCCUCAAACACAGGAUACUACACCUGUGUGUAUGAGGAUCAACCUGAAAAAGACUCUGAGAUCUAUAUUUUUGUUCUAGAUCCUGAGGUUCCAUUCGUGUCUGAUCCUACUAUUGAGACGGAUGAGACUGUGGGCACAAUUAUCCCCUGCCGUGUUACAAACCCACAUUCUCAAGUGAUUCUCAGAAACAUGCUGAGUGGGGAUGAGGUUCCUGUGCUCUAUAACCCCAAAAUCGGCUUUUACGGUGUAUUAUCACCGGGUCACUAUGUUUGCGAGAUGACCGUGAAUGGCAAAGCAGUGCACAGCAUCGUUUAUAAUGUGACAGAUGAUAAUGAGAAUAGCUUCAGCAUACAGCUGAGAGCCAGUAUGGAGGACGUGAAAGAGGGGGAUGCUGUCAAUCUUACCUGCGAGACCCCUCCUGGGGAGACUUUCUACCAGCAGUGGCUGCAUCCCCAAAAACAGGCCAGAGGGGCUGUUCCAAUGAAUUUAACUUUCCCAGACAAGGUUCAGUACAUCCUCAUCAUCCCAGAAGCCUCUGCUGCAGACACUGGACGAUAUGAGUGUGUUGUAACCGACCAAUUAACUGGACAAACCGAGUCUCUCAGCCUGGGAAUCACAGUCUACGAGAGAUCUUUUGUAGAAGUAAUAUCUAAUGGAAUUGGGCCAGUGGAGGUUGUAUCGCUUCUGGAGGAAAAAGAGUUCACUAUUUACAUUGACGCUGACCCUGAGCCAAAGGUCAGUUGGUUUAAAGAUGGCCUUCAGCUGGACGACAGCUACAUCUCCACCAAGACCACUCAUCUGACAGGCCUCAGGUAUGAGAAUAUUCUGCUUCUCCGCCACCCCAUAGAGGAGGACAGUGGUGUCUAUGAGAUUGUUGCAUCCACUGGUUCCAGAACUUCAAGCUUUUCAUUCAAACUGCUUGUUAAAGCCAUGUACCCAGAGUUGCCACAGUCGGUGCUGGCUCCAGUGAUGUGGCCCCAGAGGGACAGCAUGGAGGUGUCUCUCCACUCCACUUUCAGACUCACAUGUCGAGGUGAGGCCGAGCUCUCCUGGCACAGCCCCUUUUAUCUCCACGAUCAGUUCAACACUGCAAAGAAAGGACUCUUCAUCUCCACUGUGACUGUUGGGAAUGCGACGGCCGCUCAUACAGGAGAGUACAUCUGCUACUAUGGCUCCAGCAACAACACUGAGGAGACUUCCAUCUACAUUUAUGUGCCAGAUCCAGAAACCCCAUUUGUGCCAUCUAUGGCCCCUUUUGAAAACCAUGUGCUGACGAGUCAUGAUGAAAUGGAGAUUCCCUGCCGUGUGACCGACCCAAGCGCCAGCGUCUCUCUGAUUCACAUUGAGACCAAUCAGGUUCUGUCCAGUGUCUAUGACAGCAAGAGAGGAUUCAUUGGUCUCUUUGGUGCUGGGACGUAUGUCUGCAGAGCCCUCAUUAAUGGACAGGAACAUGACAGCUUACAGUACAUCGUACACGGCUGGACAGGAGGGUCUGAUUUGCGAGUCGAGUUGCGAGCAGAGAAGAAAGCUCUGCUGGUGGGUGAGACCAUCACUGUUGACUGUGUGGCCAGAGGCAGUGAGAUGCUGGAGGACCACUGGAAAUACCCUGGGAAACUGGCGGAUCGAGGAGUAAAGACCGUAAAGGAGAAUAAGAGAGAUCUUGAGAUCCAUUAUACUCUGACAGUGACUAAUGCCUCACCGAAAGACAGCGGUGUCUACGCCUGCUCCAUUACUGAUAUUAUGAGCAAUGAGAGCCAAACCAAACAGCUCACCAUUACAGUCUAUGAUCGUGAGUUUGUGCACAUCAAUCCAGAAACUGGUCCAGUGGAGAUUGCUAUGCUGGACGAGGUGCGAGAGUUCAAAGUGGACAUACAGUCUUUCCCCACCCCUAAAGUCAUAUGGUUAAAGGACGGCUUGGUCCUGGGAAAUGUUGCGGCAGAGAUCACCACCAACCUCCUAAAAAUCGAUGAGAUAAGUUACGAGGGUGUGUUGACCCUGAUCAGGGCUAAAGCAGAGGACAGUGGGAACUAUACCAUCAGGGUAGAAACAGGCAGCCAGACUACCAGCAACAGUUUCUACCUUCAGGUUAAAGUUCCCCCUGUGAUUGUGGACCUGAUGGAUAUCCACCAUGGCUCUGCUGCAGGUCAGGAAGUGGUGUGUGCUGCUAGCGGCUCCCCCACCCCUGACGUGGACUGGUAUAUCUGCAAAAACAUUAAACACUGUGCCAACGAUUCCUCCCAGUGGAUGCUACUUCCGAUCAACUCUACGGACAUCACUGUGGAACUGCAAAUGGAUGAGGACAACAACAUUGAGAGUCAUGUCAUUUUCCACCAUCUGGAGAGCACAAUUGCGGUGCGCUGUCUGGCCAGGAAUGACAUGGGGGCUGUUUCACGAGAGGUUAAACUUGUGUCAAAUGGUCCACACUCGGAGCUCACUGUGGCUGCCGCUGUUCUGGUGCUGCUGGUCAUUGUCAUCAUCUCACUCAUUGUGCUGCUCAUUAUCUGGAAACAGAAACCACGUUAUGAGAUCAGAUGGCGUGUGAUCGAAUCGGUCAGUCCGGACGGACAUGAGUACAUCUAUGUCGAUCCCAUGCAGCUUCCAUAUGACUCCCGCUGGGAGUUCCCUCGGGAUUCACUUGUACUGGGUCGUGUCCUGGGCUCAGGAGCAUUUGGGAAAGUGGUGGAAGGCACUGCGUACAGACUCAGUCGUUCUCAACCUGUGAUGAAAGUGGCUGUGAAAAUGCUUAAACCAACAGCACGCUCCAGUGAGAAGCAGGCUCUGAUGUCAGAGCUGAAAAUUAUGACCCACCUGGGCCCUCACCUAAACAUCGUCAACCUUCUGGGAGCGUGCACCAAAUCAGGACCAAUCUACAUUAUCACAGAGUAUUGCUUCUAUGGAGACCUGGUGAAUUACCUGCAUAAGAACAGAGAUGGGUUUCUCAGCCGCCACACAGAAAAGGGCAAGAAAGGUCUAGACAUCUUUGGCAUCAACCCAGCCGAUGAGAACAGCAGAAGCUACGUCAUCCUGUCUUUUGAGGGGAAAGGUGAUUAUAUGGACAUGAAGCAAGCAGACACCAUGCAAUACGUCCCCAUGCUGGAAAUGAGUGAGACCUCAAAAUACUCCCCCCUCCAGAGAUCAGACUACGACCAUCCGCCAUCUCAGAGUCAAAUCAACGAGAGUGAAGUUGAGAACCUUCUCUCAGAUGACACCAAUGAAGGCCUGACAACAGUGGACCUCCUCAGUUUCACCUAUCAAGUAGCUCGAGGGAUGGAGUUCUUGGCCUCUAAGAAUUGUGUACACAGAGACUUGGCUGCACGUAAUGUCCUGCUGUCUCAAGGCAAGAUUGUGAAGAUCUGUGACUUUGGACUGGCCAGAGACAUCAUGCACGAUAACAACUACGUCUCCAAAGGAAGUACUUUCCUUCCAGUAAAAUGGAUGGCCCCAGAGAGUAUUUUUGAUAACUUGUACACUACACUCAGUGACGUCUGGUCUUAUGGGAUCUUAAUAUGGGAGAUCUUCUCACUUGGAGGGACUCCUUAUCCAGGUAUGGUUGUGGAUUCCAGCUUCUACAACAAGAUCAAGAGUGGAUACCGAAUGGCAAAACCCGAGCAUGCUUCCAGCGAUGUCUAUGAGCUUAUGAUGAAGUGUUGGAACAGUGAACCAGAGAAGAGACCAUCUUUCCACAACCUGAGUGAUAUGGUGGCCUCUCUGCUGCCCUCGGGAUAUAAGAGAUGCUACGAGCGUGUGAAUCAUGACUUCCUGAAGAGCGAUCACCCGGCUGUGACUCGGGUGCAGUGCACUGACAAUGAUGAGGCGUACAUGGGUGUGCUCUACAAGAACCAGGGCAAAUUAAAGAACCGCGAGAGCGGCUUUGAUGAACAGAGACUCAGCUCUGACAGCGGUUACAUCAUUCCGCUGCCGGACCUCGACCCACUGUCAAAUGAAGAGUACAGCAAAAGGAACCGCCACAGGUCUCAGACGUCGGAGGAAAGCGCAAUAGAGACAGGUUCUAGCAGCUCCAUGACGAAGCGUGAGGGAGAGACCCUGGAGGACAUCACCUUGCUGGAUGAGAUGUACUUGGACUCAGGAGAAUUGGUGGAGUAUAGUUUCCUGUGA